AUGGGGUCUGGGCUCUGUUCCCCGAGGGUUGGGGGUCCCCAAGGAGGGGCAGCCAUAGCUGGGGGGCUCUGUGCCCCACACUGGGGUCCCCAGGGGGUGUCCCCCCCCGCCCUGACCCCCGCCUGGGUGUCCCCCCAGCUGUUCCCGCUGACCCUGCGCGUCACCGGCCUGGAGGGGGUCCCGGAGGGGGGUCUCCCGGAGGGGGGGGUCGCGCCGGGGCUGGGCUGGGCCGCCCAGCGCCUCCAGCUCUUCCAGCGGCUCCUGGCGGCCCUGCCCGGGGGCGACCUGCGCCUGGCCCAGGUGGCCAACGACCUGGAGAACCUGCGCAGCCUGCUGGCCGUGCUGGGGGCGCUGCUGGGCUGCCCCCCGCCCCGCGACCCC